UUGGCUGAGCAUGGCUCCGCCUCCAGACUGACCCUGGUUUUCCUCUGUCCCCCUGCAGGCGCCAGGGAGGAUGAGCCCACCUGUGGGCGUCCCCUGGGCAUCAGGGCGGGGCCUAAUGGGACGUUGUUCGUAGCCGACGCCUACCUAGGCGUGUUUGAGGUCGACCCUGCCACAGGUGCGGUGACCCGGCUGGUGGCGGGGGGGCAAGAGGUCGGCGGCAGGAAGCUGUCGUUCAUCAACGACGUGGCGGUGACGCAGGAUGGCAGGAAGCUGUACUUCACCGAUUCCAGCAGCAGGUGGCAGCGCCGGGACUACCUGCACCUCAUCAUGGAGGCCACGGCGGAUGGAAGAGUGCUGGAGUACGACACGGAGACGCGGGAACUAACUGUCGUCAUGGAGAACCUACGCUUCCCCAACGGCAUCCAGCUGCUGCCGGACCAGGAGUCGGUUCUGGUGGCCGAGACCACCAUGGCCCGGAUCCGCAGGGUCCAUGUGGCGGGCCUCAACAAGGGGGGCAUGGACACGUUUGUGGACAACCUGCCUGGUUUCCCGGACAACAUCCGGCCCAGUUCCUCCGGAGGAUACUGGGUCUCCAUGGCGGCGGUCCGGCCCAACCCCGGCUUCUCUAUGUUGGACUUCCUGUCCCAGAGACCCUGGGUCAAGAAGCUCAUCUUCAAGCUGUUCAGCCAGGACGUCCUCAUCAAGGCCGUCCCCCGCUACAGCCUGGUGGCGGAGAUCCAAGAUGGCGGCGUCUGUAGGCGGAGCUUCCACGACCCCAACGGCCUGGUGGCCGCCUACGUCAGCGAGGCCCACGAGCAUCAUGGGAAACUCUACAUCGGAUCCUUCCGCUCGCCAUACAUCGCCGUGCUGGACCUGCAGGGACCGUAGAAGUGGGUCGGAACUGGGUCUGGCCUCCCUCCCUGCUGGUUCUGAUGACCCAGUCCUGUUUGGAUUAGAACUUGGGGACUUUAAAAGCAGCUGUUGGAAGCUGAGGGGUCCAGUUGGGCCCGGUUCUGGUUCUGUUGCUCGGUCAUUAUUUCAUGUCAGACUGAAUGUUCCUGUGUCGCUUCUUCUACUGCUGUAGGACAAGUCUCUGCUU